AUGGACACGGGGACAGAGGAGACGCACGUCAUGGCUGAGGCGGCGGAACGUACGAGGGCUAAUCCGGCAAUCCGGGAUCUCUGCGAUGCUGUUCGUGGCUCCGUAUCCCUCAAGAAGUACGAGUUCUGUCACUGCAAGUGUGGCAAGAUGCGGGAUGUGGAUGGAUCCGAUGGCAUAUUGCCAAGUGUUUCAUACGCCGGUUGCGUAAUGACGCGGAAGCAGCGCAGACCAGCAGGUCAGCCCCGCCUGCACCCGCCAAAUCCUCGGGAGAUUCACGUGUCCCGUUCAGGAGUGAUGCCGCAGGACGACGCCAUCCAGCGGGCCGACUGA